AUGGCCCUGGUUUCCGAGUUUCUUUUACUCUUGAUUUCUCACCUUUUAUUUGUUUCAGCUAGGUAUAGAUAUGCCAACCGUGAAAAGUGUCCUAGAUCAUUUAACUGUGGAAACCGUGGGAGCAUCCAGUUCCCUUUAACCAAGGUAGAAAGACCAGACCGUGGCUUGAUGAUGAAAUGGUGCUUGAGGUAUGAUUAUCUGAUGAUUGUGGCGAGUGUUACAACCACCAAGGAGGCUACUGUCAACUGGACAACAACAACUUUUACUGCGAUGUUGGAGAAAUUCGUGCUAGAGGAUUUGCUUCGAGCUUCAGCGGAAAUGCUGGGAAAAGGUGGGUUCGGGACGGCGUACAAGGCGGUUCUGGAUGACGGAAGUGUCGCCGCCGUCAAGAGGCUCAAAGAAGCUCAGAUUGGAGGGAAGAAAGAGUUCGAGCAACAAAUGGAAAUUCUGGGGCUACUGGGACAUCCAAACAUUGUUAAUUUGAGAGCUUAA